UAAGAAGAAGACUGACGCGAAGCGGGAGAAAUAAAAACAAAAAUGGAUGUUAGAGAGGAUACCUGCGUAGAGACUGACAUGCUUCCCGUGUCGUCUUUAGAGUUAUACGAGUCGCAGUUUUUCGGCUUCACGCCGCAGACGCUUAUGUUUCGUCUCUCCAGCGCCUUCAUAGACUCUCUGUGCCACAUCUUGAACGUGGUGGAGAAAGUAUGCGUGCGACAACUGAGUAAAGGUGACUCGGACGCGACGACUGAGGAACAGCUCCGCGUCCAGGCCAGAGAGUGUAGCCGCAAACUGCAAGCGUAUAUGGGAGAGGGCUUCAAGCAACUAUCGGAGCGAAUGGAAGAGGUGCUGGUCACUCUCUGUUUUUCCGUCCCUCCCAACGUCCUGCUGAAGGAGGACCAGUGUCACAGAAAACAUCCUCCAGACACACAGGAGAUCCUCAGAUUGGAGACAUCCUUGAAGGCACUCCACAGGGCUCAUGAGGCCGAGGUGUGUGCUCGACAUGCACUGCAGGUUGAACUCGAGGAGCAAGCUGAGGUACAGAAGCAGCUGGAUGGAUUCCUGGCCAGGUUCAGGGAUGGAAAUGGCAUCUUCGAGGAACAUUUCAAACCAGUGGCGACAUCAAUGAAGAAAUUGCAGCAAGUCAUUGUGGGGGUGUGCAACAAGACGCAGGAUUCUCACUAACUUAACAUAGUGUUGUACGUUAGUUUACUUGUUAUUCCAAGACUGUCUUCAUUAUGUAAAUUUAGAGGAAUGGGAUUCUGCAAAUCUUCACCCAUGUCCAGAGUCUUUUCUUAACAAUUAAUAACGAUGUUGUAUUGUACAGUAUUGUCAAUAAAAAAAAUCAAGACCCUAUAAUUACCAGCAGAGGGCGCCAAAUUCCAACCAUUCCCAAUCACAUUGAGAGGUAGCAUCAAUAAUUUCUGCCCCAUAGACAGGUUUCGCAUAAAGUGCUAUUAACUGGAAAAGAAAAAGGUCAAAACAAAUGAUUAAAAUACAACUCACGAUUUUGCUGAAUGUAUUUGCUGCUUCUCUUCAACAAAGUGGUUUCGUCUUUGGGUUGUUGGGAGACAGACAAGUGAAUUUCUCAUAUCGUGUCUUCUCUGGAAUUUUGUUUCAGUCCUGUCCGAAAUAAAAUUCUUCAAUCAUCAA